CACUUCUUUGUGGUUCCAACCAUACUCCAAUUUUCCUGAUUACUCAAUAAAUUCUCAGGACAACAUUACAUCAGAGGCACGCUAUUUAAUUAACCGACCCAAUCCCCAUGCAUCUAUUUAUAACCAUUUAGUCGAAAACAGAGGCCGCCAUCCAACGCACAAUGGAGGAGGAGGACGAAACGGGGCAGACCAACGACGUGUCGCUGACGAGACCCAGUCUGGGGGGCUCCGACUUCGAUGACGAAUUGGGGGUGCCGGAGACGUACGUGAUCGUGGAUGUGGGGGACGGACCAGUGGCCAUUGAGCGCUCAGACGACGAAAUCGAAGAUGAUGUUAUUGAUGGACUGUCCUUCCAAACCAUCCACAAACCACCAAUUAAGUUCAAGUCGUUCAAAAGGAGCGUUUUUAUUCCUCCAGUUGAUAUUUCCGUGACUAUUACGGACUAUGAGAGGAGUUUGACCACACAUAUGCUCAACCCCAAUUUAUACACCAUUUCUCUCACCCAUGGUAAUUUUUCCUGGCAAAUUAAAAAAAGGUACAAGCAAAUCCAGCACUUGCACCAGCAAUUGGUGCUGUUCCGGACUGGCUUGAACAUACCCUUUCCCAGUAAAACGCACAAAAGAAAGAGGAAGAGCUUUAAAAUGAAUGUUCCUAAAGCUGGGAAAGGGAAAAGGAAGGCGGCUCUGCCAAGGUUCCCCAAAAAGCCCGAAAUUUUAGUAGCUUAUGAAAAACUCGGCGACAGAAUUAAACAACUCGAAAAUUAUCUCAACAAUCUACUCUCCAUCAACAUCUACCGAAACCACCCAGCGACUAUCGAAUUUCUGGAAGUGUCGCAGUUAUCCUUCAUCCAGGGUUUAGGUUCCAAAGGGAAAGAAGGCAUGGUUAAAAAGCGCACCGGGAGCACCCAUCCGGGUCAAGCCGGCUGCAACUGUUGCGGCCUUAUCAGUUGUUUCUUCUGCGUAAGAUGUCAGCACUUGUGCAACGAUAUUAUUUGCGCGCGCUGGGUGGAGCGCUGGUUUUUCAUCAAAGAUACGUGUUUCGGCUACAUCAACCCUGAAGACGGGAUGAUCAAAAGCGUGGUUUUGUUCGACCAAGGGUUCGAGGUUUCCUCUGGUUUGUACUCCAUGGGGCUGGAAACAGGCUUCCAGAUAAUCACUCUCAGUAGACAAAUCGCGUUUAAGUGUUGGACGCGACGGAAGAGUCGGGAGUGGGUGGAAGCCCUCAAAGAAAUAGCCUCCGGUCCAGCUCAGUGUUUCAGCUUACCCAAUCCCCAUCGUUCAUUCGCCCCCGUGCGCACCACCAUCCCGUGUUCUUGGUUCGUAGAUGGCGCCACUUACAUGUCGGCUGUCGCCGACGCCAUCGAGAACGCCCGAGAGGAGGUGUUCAUCACGGAUUGGUGGCUGAGUCCCGAGAUAUAUAUGAAGCGACCUGCGAUUUGUGGCGACCACUGGAGGCUGGAUAGUUUGUUAAAACGGAAAGCUCAAAGUGGGGUUAAAAUUUUCGUGUUGUUGUACAAAGAGGUGGAAGUGGCAUUAGGUCUCAAUAGUUACUACAGUAAGCAGAAAUUGGCCGAUUUGUCGGAAAAUAUUAAGGUUUUGAGGCACCCGGAUCAUGCUCGAGUGGGGGUGUUCUUGUGGGCCCACCACGAAAAAAUGGUCGUUGUGGACCAGACUUACGCUUUCGUGGGAGGGAUCGAUUUGUGUUAUGGGCGCUGGGACGACGCUAAGCAUAGAUUGGUGGACCUCGGUAGCAUAACCCCCACCCUCGACGUUUCGUCCCUGAAGAAAAAAACCUCCAGCGUGCCUGGCGGCGACGCCAUCUACCCCAUCCCCAUCCCCAUCUACAAACAAACCCCCAUCCCCGAGGUGACCGAGCCCGAGCCCCCCGAAGAGCCCUCCAGCCCCCUCCCGCAGCUCGAGCCCGGCGACAACCUCCUCAUGCCCUUCAACGAAAAAAUCAAGUGCAAUACUCCCAACAUGGAGCGCAAAAAUGUGAUAGACGCCAUUAAACACACGGUCAAAAGCAAAGGAAAAGAUCUUAUUAGUUUAGUCUACACCUCGCACGAGGACAGCGUCGACGAGAAGGAACCCCCCGAGAAGAAGGAUCAAACUCCCGAGGAAAUCCUGGAGACUUUGAACGGAUCGUCGAAACUAUGGGUGGGGAAGGACUACGUUAAUUUCAUAGUCAAAGAUUUCAAUAAUUUGGACUCGCCGUUCGACGACUUCAUCGACCGGGUGACCACGCCGAGGAUGCCGUGGCACGACGUGGGGAUGUGCGUCCAGGGGGCGGCGGCGAGGGACGUCGCCAGACAUUUCAUCCAGAGGUGGAACGCCACCAAGCUGGAGAAGGCCAAAUCGAAUAAGACUUAUCCGUACUUGUUGCCAAAAAACUACGACGAUUUUAAAAGUCUGCCGGUGGUGUUCCCGAAUGAAGUGCACCACGUCACGUGCCAGGUCCUUCGAAGUGUUAGUACAUGGUCUUGUGGUUUUUUAGAACCAGAUACUGUUGAGCAAAGCAUUCACGAAGCCUACAUUGACACAAUUAAUAAAGCUCAACAUUACAUUUAUAUAGAGAACCAGUUUUUCAUCUCACUGCCUUAUAGCAACCCGCACACCAAGAAUCAAAUAGCCGAAGCUCUCUACAAGCGAAUAAUUCGAGCCUAUAAAGCCAAAGAAGUGUUUAGAGUUUAUGUCAUAAUGCCUUUAUUGCCUGGAUUUGAAGGUGAAGUGGGCGGCCCGACGGGGACGUCGUUGCACGCCAUCACGCACUGGAACUACGCCUCAAUAUCGCAGGGAAAAGACGCCAUCCUCAACCGACUCAAAGACUACGGGAUCGAGGACCCCACCGACUACAUUUCCUUCUACGGCCUCAGGAACCACUCCACCCUCAACUGCGAACCCAUAACCGAAUUAGUCUACGUCCACUCCAAACUCAUGAUCGUGGACGACAAAAUCGUGAUUUGUGGCUCAGCCAACAUCAACGAUCGCUCUCUCAUCGGCAAAAGGGACUCGGAAAUUGCGGUUUUGAUCGAGGACGAAGCCUUCGACGACGGUGUGAUGAACGGGAAGAGUUUCCCGUGCGGGAAAUUCGCGGGCAGUUUGCGCAAAUAUCUGUUCAAAGAGCACUUGGGUUUGUUGGGGAAAGAGCACGAGAUGAUCGACUUCGAUAUCACUGACCCGAUCUCGGAUUAUUUUUAUAAGGAGAUCUGGUACAAAACUGCCAGUUUGAAUACGGAGUUUUACGAGAAAGUCUUCCAUUGCAUCCCGACUGAUAAGGUGGAAACGUUCGCGGACUUGAAACGGAGCCAUGAGGAGAAGCCGCUGUAUAUUGACGAGAUUUCGAGAGCGGAGAAAAUGUUGGAGAGUAUUCAGGGUCAUCUUGUUUUGCUGCCUUUAAACUUCUUGAAAGAGGAGUAUUUGAUGCCCGCUGUGGCGUCAGUGGAGGGGAUAAUGCCUACGUCUUUGUGGACCUAAAUAGGUUUAGUGGAGAAUUUUAUACAAGUAUUUUUUAUAUUAAUGUUUUAAAGAGAUUUUUAUUUUUUAUAGCAUAGUACCGUCCUUAAGAUUAAAUAGGAACAUAACUGACGAUAUUGCUGCUACAAACGUGGCUUUAAACGCCUUCUAGCUGGUACAAAACGGACGCAUAAGACGCUGUCAUUUAGUAGUUUGACACAUGGAAUGACAGUUGUAACGGUUGCUUCCAUACACAUUCCUAUACUGAAUGCAUUUGUCAAGGUCAACGAAUAAUUACAAUAAAUUAUUGAUUGUUACGCUAUUAAAAAAAAGUGCUUUCAUCGUGAUAUUAUGUAAUUUGUUAUAGACAUUUUAUUGUAGGUUAUAAACUAUAAUAUUGUUGCUAAAGUUGCUUCCAAAGAUGUUUUAAUUUAUGCAGAUAAUCAAAUAAGUAAAUCGUACGUCCUAUUGUUAACUCUUACACUAGUUUAUAUGGUGCUGAACUUUAUUCCCGUAUAUUCCUAUAAUUUAUUUAUAUUUUUUUUUAACUUGUGUUUGUACUUUUCAGUAUUAUUCUUUUUAUAGAAUAUCUCUGUAUUUAAGUGUUGUGCACGGUUUUUAAUAUAGUUGUUUGACUGCUUCA